GUGAGGAGUGUGCGUAAUGUUUCACGUAGUGCACCAGGGUCGGAAAUACGUCCCCACGCGCUCGCCGGUCACGGAUGACUCCACAUUAUCCGUGCAGGCUGUUCAUAUCAUCAAGUCUCCCGGUUCACUGAGGAAGGCACCAGAGGCUACUUGGCCACCACCGGGUGCCAAGAUGCGGAUCUCCAAAGCCAACAAAGGCGGUGUGGUGGUGAGAGCUGUCCGGCGGCAUCCGUCUCCUCAGCCGGCCAGUCUGGAGAGCCUGGAGGCGGCGUGGAGUGAGAGAGAACACCCGAAGUCACCGAGCCGUGAGAGGAGAAACGACGAGGAAGAAGGAGCCGCGAACGGGAUGGAAGGAGGACCACCGAGGAACAGGAAGAAGGGGUUCAGACCCCCCGAUGUGAGGACCAUAUUCUCCCCCGAAGAGAGGGACCCCAGGGUGAAGGAGGAGUCCGGGGAGGGGCACACCUUCGAGCCAGGAGGCGAGAACACCUGGUGUGAUGUGUGCUGCAAUUACAUCUUCCAGCAUGGUCUCACCUGUGCAGGUGAGUCUGCAGAUGAUGAUGGUGGGCGGUGGGAGGGAGGGGGGGUAUUACAAGAUGAAGAGCCCCCUCCAGAGGUGGCCUAG